GGAUGGAGGGAAAAGCUAUAGGGGUCCAAAGGAAACCCGGAACGCAGGCACCUCUGUCUCACUUUCAUGGCACUCCGUCUAAGACUUCCUUAUCUUCUUCGUCCCCACCUCAUGGCCUCUCGUUCUCGUUUCUUCACUCACUCUGCUUCUCUCAGCCCCUUCUUUUGCAUCUCUCGCCCCUCUAUCUUCUUCACGCCCAGGACAAGUUUUUCAUUGAGGAGUAUUUCGGCUUCAAAUGGACUUUCUGUUAGAAAUGUGGUUUCACCAAUGGCGUUUAUGUCAUCUACCAUUUCAACUGAAGCUUUUCAAGAAAGAAGCGGCUCAAAAGCAUAUGGCUCUGAGCAAAUUCAGGUACUGGAAGGCUUAGAUCCUGUUAGAAAAAGGCCAGGCAUGUAUAUUGGAAGUACAGGACCUCGUGGUCUGCACCAUUUGGUUUAUGAAAUAUUGGAUAAUGCAGUUGAUGAGGCUCAAGCAGGUUAUGCUACACAUGUAGAUGUUAUUUUACAUCCAGACGGUUCUGUUAGCAUAGCUGACAAUGGGCGAGGGAUUCCUACUGACUUGCAUCCUGUGACAAAGAAAUCUUCCCUGGAGACAGUAUUGACGGUCUUACAUGCAGGUGGCAAGUUUGGUGGUUCAAGUAGUGGCUAUAGUGUGUCUGGUGGCUUGCAUGGUGUGGGUUUAUCAGUUGUUAAUGCCUUAUCUGAGGCAUUAGAAGUUACUGUUUGGAGGGAUGGAAUGGAAUGCCAACAAAGAUAUUCACGGGGCAAGCCUGUGACAUCGCUAAUAUGUUAUACACUUCCUAUUGAAGAGAAGGAUCGUCAAGGGACUUGCAUUAGGUUUUGGCCUGACAAAGAAGUGUUCACUACCGCAAUAGAGUUUGACUACAACACCAUUGCUGGACGAAUUAGAGAACUUGCUUUCCUGAACCCCAAGCUUACUAUUACUUUUAAGAAGGAAGAUACUGAUCCAGAGAAGAAUGUAUACAACAAAUAUUUCUAUGCAGGGGGUUUGGUUGAAUAUGUGAAAUGGCUAAACACAGAUAAGAAAUCACUUCAUGAUGUUCUGGGUUUCAGCAAAAAAACAGAUGGGAUUGCAAUUGAUAUGGCUCUCCAAUGGUGUUCAGAUGCAUACUCAGAUACAAUGCUCGGGUAUGCUAAUAGCAUACGGACUGUUGAUGGUGGUACUCACAUAGAUGGGGUCAAGGCUUCAUUGACAAGAACUCUCAAUAACCUUGCAAAGAAGUCAAAGAUUAUUAAGGAUAAGGAUAUUAAUUUAGGUGGUGAACAUGUAAGGGAAGGAUUGACAUGCAUCAUUUCUGUUAAAGUUGCAAAUCCCGAGUUUGAAGGACAAACAAAGACAAGAUUGGGAAAUCCAGAGGUGCGGAAAGUAGUUGAUCAAUCUGUCCAAGAGUUUCUUACUGAAUACCUAGAGUUGCAUCCAGAUGUGCUUGAUUCAAUCCUUGCCAAGUCUCUAAAUGCUUUCAAGGCUGCUCUAGCAGCAAAAAGGGCAAGGGAGUUGGUCAGACAAAAGAGCGUGUUGAAAUCUUCAUCUCUUCCUGGAAAACUGGCUGAUUGUUCAUCCACUAGUCCUGAAGAAUCUGAAAUUUUCAUAGUUGAAGGAGAUUCAGCUGGUGGUAGUGCAAAACAAGGCCGUGAUAGACGUUUUCAGGCCAUUCUUCCCCUGAGGGGUAAGAUUUUGAACAUUGAGAGGAGGGAUGAGGCAGCAAUGUACAAGAAUGAAGAAAUUCAAAAUUUGAUUCUUGCACUUGGACUUGGGGUGAAGGGAGAAGAUUUUAAAAAAGAGAAUCUUCGUUAUCAUAAGAUCAUCAUCUUAACUGAUGCUGAUGUUGAUGGUGCCCACAUCCGAACUCUUCUAUUGACAUUUUUCUUCAGAUAUCAGAGAGCCUUAUUUGAUGAAGGUUGCAUUUACGUUGGUGUUCCCCCACUUUACAAGGUUGAACGAGGAAAGCAAGUAUACUAUUGUUAUGAUGAUGCAGAUCUUAAAAAGCUUCAGAGUACAUUCCCCCAAAAUGCAUCGUAUAACAUUCAAAGAUUCAAAGGCUUGGGUGAGAUGAUGCCUGCACAGUUGUGGGAAACAACCAUGGAUCCAGAGCAAAGACUGCUGAAACAAUUAGUUGUUGAAGAUGCGGUUGAAGCAAAUAUCGUAUUUUCUUCCCUUAUGGGUGCCCGGGUUGAUGCCCGAAAGGAACUAAUCCAGAAUUCUGCUAGCAACAUCAACCUAGAUCAGCUAGAUAUUUGAGUGUGAGGAAGCUCCUGCAAAAUAUGCUUUCUUACAGGUAAAAUAUGUUGGCAACUGUGACGCCAACCAUUCGCCGGUGCCUUUUAAUCCAUCUAUGAUGGGUGCCAUUUUGGAAAGCAUCCGGUACUCAGUUUAUGGCUACCCACUUCAUGAAAUUUGCUGUUUUCGUCGACUUAUGGGGUGGGGAAUCAAUUUAGCUAUGGGGUAAUCUUGUAUUUUACAGUGUAAAAAUGCUUCCCCGAAGGUUCAAACCAAUCUCACUUUUUCUUUUAAUUAGUUUCUCCAACUCCUUUAACAUCACUGUGUUGUAUAAUAAUUUUUUUUUCUUUUAAUUACUGUGUUCAUGUAAUUUAUCAAAAAUACAAAUAUCUUUGGUUC